UGGUGGUGGCAUUGGCAAUAGUUGUAGAAGUGCCGGAAUUCCCAUACUCUAGUGGAGUAUAUACAAGAGUUGCCCUGGCUGGAACUUACGCUGGUCCUUGGGACUAUUGCAGUACACUGUAGUUGUAGUUUGAAUGUGACGAAGGAACUUCGCUGCAGAAUUUCAUUUGGCCAGAAGUGGUUUUGAACCUCACAGCUACUUUGUGGCUUUCUUAUAAUAGGGUGAUUCAGACUUGAAAAAUUGAAGGUAUCAAGGAUAUAGUGUUUUUUUUUAAAGUUCCGAACCUGUGAGUAAGAAAGUGAAUAUUUACGUUAGUAACGCUCAUUUUGUCUGGAAAAUUUCUGAAAACAAAUUCCAAGUUGGACAUAGAUCUACUGACAAAGAUUGGUGUUGAAUCCUGUUUUCUGUGUUGGAAAAAGAGGUCUGGGGACAGUGACAAGUGCUGUUGAUGAGUAUCUCAAGCUGGACAGAGUUGUGACAUUACAUCCGUUGUAGUUUAGAUCCAUAAUUAGACCACUUAGCUUUAUCCAUUCCAUUGUACAUCGCCAUGGGUAACAAGUCGUCCAAGAAGAGGCUUCCAAAGGAGGACUUGGAUUUUCUCACACAGAAUACAAAGUUCUCAAAGAAUGAAAUCAAGGACUGGUAUAGGGGCUUCAUGCGGGACUGCCCCGAUGGUCUGCUAUCGAAGGCCAAAUUCCUCGAGGUAUACUCAACGUUCUUUCCCGCGGGUAACCCGGACCAAUUCUGUGAACAUGUGUUCAGAUCGUUCGACAAAGACAAUAGUGGUAAAAUAGACUUUAAAGAAUUUCUUCUUGCUAUAAACAUCACAUCGGGAGGGAACCCAUCGCAGAAACUCAACUGGGCAUUCGCGAUGUACGAUAUCGAUGGGAACGGAACGAUUGAGAAGAAUGAAAUGGUGGAAAUCAUUAAAGCCAUCUACUCUAUGCUGGGAAAUGCCUUGACAAGCAAUGACACAGACACACCAGAGGAACGAACGCACAAAAUAUUCGCGAAGAUGGACGUAAACAAUGAUGGUGUCUUAACGCGCUCUGAAUUUGUAGACGGUUGUAUGAAAGAUCAGUUCUUGUAUCAGAUGUUAACUGCAGAUGCAGGUGGAUGCAACCAGGAGUAAUGCAUUCAUUUUGACACCCCACAAUUCACAUCCAUAAGUUUUUCAAAAUUUUGAAAAUACAUUUUACAUUUUGUUCAAAGACUUCCAUUUUUCACAUUUAUUCUUCAAAUUGAAAAUGUUUGUUAUGAUAAUUAUGAGCCUUUUUUAUAACUAUGAUUUAUUAUCAAUAAUCAUGUGUGAUUACUUGACAUAGAUGGAAAAUGAGAGAUAAUUUUUGAAAUAAUAAAAAUCUAAAACUUGAUCAUGGGAAAUCGUGAACAUUUGAAAGUUUUUGUUUUUGUGAAGGAAAUUGGUUAAUCUCUCAAAUAGUAGAAGAUGGACUUUGUUAAAUAAGUAUCAUGUUUGGUAAUCAUUUGUAUUGUUUUAAUUGAAUACAUUCCUGAAUUAUUUGUAAUUAUUAUUAUAUUAAGGCAUUUAGGUCUCAAGAAAUUAAGCACAAAAGAAACAUACUUAAAUAAUAAUAAUAUUAAUAAUAAUAAUGAUAAUGAUAAUAUGAAAUCUGUUGGAAAGGGAUAUAGUUCAAAAGGAAAUUCACAAUAAUGAAUCGAUUUAGUUUUUAGAUAUUUUUAAAUGAAUGUUUCAAGCAGUGCUUGCAUUUUUGAUGCCAAGUUUUGGGUAUAUAUACAUGUUACUGUGAGGCCCAAAUUUCUAGAAAGAUUUUAAUAAUUUACAAGCUUAAGUAGCUUAAUAAAUUAAGACUAAUUUCUUACUUAUUCUUGAUUUUAUUGCAUAAAGAUUAGUUGAUCGGGAUUAUUGUAAAGAAAACUUUCUUUUAAAAUAAAAAUCUUAAGAAUGUGAAAAUAACACAAAAUUAUACCAAAACAAAAAAGUGUGCUUAGCUAAAUCCAUUUAUAAGGGAUUUAAGACAUAUCGAGAAAUUUGGGCCAGAUAUGAAGCACUAAGUGGUAUUAAUUAAAAUCUGUAUUGUCGUUUACAAUUUUGUAUUGAAAUAGCUUCUGAACUUAUUAUAAUAUGUAGAUGGCAAGUUUUGUUUUAUUGUCUUAAGCUUUGAUCUUUAAAAUGAUAAUUGGCCUUCUAUGAUCAAUACAAUUGACAAAUAUAUUGUCAAUAUAGGGCACAUUGACAAUAAUAUUAUUCGUGAGUGAGCAAUGGAGGACUUGGAUCAAAUUAUUUUGACAAAAUCAGAGAGCGCAAAUAUUUAUUGGCAAGUUUUCAAUAAUAUAAGUAUAUCAUAUUUUGUAGAAUGGUUGUCGUAGUACAAAUGAAAAAAAUAA